GUCAAUGUUUUCCAGCCUCUUGCCCUUUUCCCUGGAUGAGACAACAGUGAAACAGAGAUCACGCUGGUAAAUCCGCUACUUAUAAACCUUGGGAUCUUGCAGCGAUUAACACAAAGAUUGUUGGGAAGAUGAACAGAAAUUAAUCAAGAGCUGAAGACGAGUGGUGCCACAUGAGCAGUCAUGAGGAACGUUUCUUUGUGGGGAUUGUGGAGAAACAAGAAGAAUGUUAAUCUGCAAAAGUACGUCAAGUAUUUAUGUCAAGAAUUCAUCAUGUGCUAAGAUUGAACUGGUGUAAGGAUACUGAAAAGGACAGGAAAGAGCUGAGGAAAAUCUUCAGUCUAAGAGAAAGGAAAGAUUUAAAAAAAAAAGCUAUAAACAAUAGCUUUAAAAAAUUGUCACAGCUUGCUACCAGAUGAUUAGACAUCACAGCUCAGAGAUGGAGGACUUGAAUACCGAGGGCCUUAGCAUACAUGAACUGAAUACAGAGAUCGGGGACCUCCUGCUCCAAAUCCACAAAGUGAUAACUGGUCUGAGUCUAAGGAUCAAACAGAGAGUCGUUCAGACUGCCAAUGUCUUGUGUAUGCUUCAGUUGCUGAUAUUUGUGGCCAUUUUUCUCUAUGCCAGUUUCUAUUAUACUUUCAUGCCCACCGCAAGCUUCACCACUCCUGUGCAUUUCCAUUACAGCACAAUGGUCUCGGACUCUGUCUGCUCCUUUCCUGUGGCUAACAUCUCACUGCUUAGGAACAAUAAGAAACAGGUGAUGACACCUGGUCAACCCUAUCAGAUCACAAUGGACCUGGAAAUGCCUGAGUCUCCAACCAAUAUGGAAUUGGGGAUGUUCCUAGUGAAGAUGUCAUGUUACUCCUAUGAUGGACAGACCGGUGGUGCUUCAAUGCACACUACAAUGCUUCACUAUCGCUCAUACCUGCUGCAGACUCUGGAGACUGUGAUGUUGCUUCCUUUGAUGCUGAUGGGAGUAAUGGAGCAGAAGCAGCAUGUCCUAGUCGAGCUUUACUCUUCUUAUGUCGACAGCUCACAUAAGCCUACCAUUGGAGCUGUGAUAGAGAUCCACUCUCAACAAGUCCAGAUUUACAAAGCUCAGCUCUACAUUCAUGCUCACUUCAGUGGCAUCAGGUAUGUCCUCUAUCACUUCCCUUUCACAUCAGCUGUGGUAGGAGUGAUGAGUAACUUCAUGUUCCUCAGUAUGAUCAUCCUCAUUGGCUUUGUGCAGGACAGCAGCUUGUGGCCACAUCUACAUUUCGGAAAAUGGACUAAACCUAGAGAGAGGCAAGCAGAUAUACUAGAAGAUACAGAUCAGUAUGAAAGGAAGACACACUCUGAGGAAAACUGCACAGGCACAAAGACACAUUUGUUGGAUCCAUCUGAAAUAAGAUCCAGUGACAUCAUGGAUUCCACUUCGGACAAGAUGGAAAAUACAGAAGUGAUGGAGACAGUUGAUACAAAUUACCUUAAAAACGUUUAUGGUUAACUGGUCUCAGCUGAGGCAGUGGGUAAACAAAUUGAUUUGAAACAUAGAUUUUUGCCUGACAGAUUGACAGUGUAAGCUCCAAAAACUAAACAGAUAGAGAGGCUUAAAUAAUAAGUGGAAGGGUUAUGAGCAGAAAAGGGAAAUGCAAGCUGGAGUUUAAUAGUGUGAUUUUCAGUCAUGCAAAAAGUGUGAACACUGGGUCUCAUUUAUCAAGCUGGAUAUGAGUGUGUUUUUUUGUAAAUCAUUCAUAUGAAAAUGUAGAGAAGAAAUUUGGUAUUCAUGAAAAUGCUGUUAGUUCAGAAAAACAUUUAUCCUAUGA